ACAUAGAGAUCGAUUCGCAUUGGUGAAGAAAAUCGAAAUUGAAUUCGAUCUUCGGAAUCAAACAUGGCAGUCCCAAUAUCCAACGCAAUGAUUUACUUUUUUGUAAUGAGAUAAGCAGAAUUAAACAUUUUUACUUUUCCCUACAAAAAAAUCUAAACGUAACGAGAUGGCGAAGUGUGUUAAUUCCACGUUAAACAACCUAUUGACGUCGUACAAGAAUUGGAUCGUAACGAAUCCGCAAUUAUUAACAGACAUCGAGGCUACUGUCAGAUGUUUAUCAUAUUUCAGUUUUGGACAAUUGCGCAAUUCAACAUUGGCCGUGGAGUUGAUUUAUUCCAUGCCAAAUCUGAUAGUGCUCUGCAACGAUUUGCUUAUGUAUAGCAGCAAACGUCAGAACUUGAAAAUACCUCAGUUCGACUCGAAGAUUAAAAUUUGGUUGACCGUGGUGGAGUACACUGAGACCUUGCUCGAGGUUUCAGCUAAGAAGUUAUGGGGGCCAAAGGGAAAAUGGCUAAUAAUCGUAGUCAUACAAUUGUUUAAGUCUAUAUUGCGACUGCUAUUAAUUUAUGUAUAUAAGGAACGUAUAACGAAAAGCCCAGCGAUACCACCUCUUAACAGAGAAAAAUUCAAUAAAAUUGACAAUGUACAGCUGAAGGAAGGCUUUAUGCUGAAAAGAUCAGGCACUGUUGUUAGAAGUGUAAAAUAUUCAACUCCUAUAGAAUUACGAACAUGGAAAGCUUUGCCUUCUGUCACAGACGAGAACGAAAAUCUAACUAAAAAUCAGGAAUCUAACAGGGAUCUUAAAUUAGCUGAGAGUCUUUAUGUGACAAAACCAUUGCUUCAUCUAGGAUGUAUAUACCUUAAUAGCAAAAACCGUUGGCCACCGUGGAUAUUAUCACUUAUUAUCGAUAUAGCCAGUUUAAAUGUCUUCGCUCGUUGUGCCCGAAAAGCAUUAUUAAGUAAGGAUGAGGAAGAAGAACUCGUACGUCGAAGAUUGAGUUUACUGUUGUAUAUUUUGAGAUCACCGUUUUACGACAAGUAUAGCCGUAAUAAAAUAGACGCACUGCUCGAUACAAUAUCUAACUCCGUGCCUCUUGCCAAGUAUUUGACAAGUGCCGUUAAAAAGAAUUUACCUUAUAUGCAGAAUUGUGAUUGCUAUCCUGGAACUAGGUGUCCCAGCGGCACUACUGGUGGUCUUGACCCCAGAAUAGUGAAUUCGGGAACAACUUGCUCUACUGGAUACGUGGCAUGCUGUACAACGGGUUCUUCAAAUUCUGGUUGUGGUGUUUCAAAAGUUCCACCUGGCGCGCAUCCAGUGGGACAAGCCGCUUAUGGUGCAUAUCCUUGGAUGGUGGCCAUUUUGGAUGAAAACUCUAAUUAUAUCGGAGCAGGAGCGCUUAUAACUGCAAGACAUGUUCUUACCGCCUCUCAUAAAGUGGCACCUUACGACCCUGAUGAGAUUAUCGCGGCGUUAGGUAUGUGGAGUUUUCAACAAAAUCCUUAUGAUCCAACAAUACUCCCCAUUUCGAAAAUUGCCAUCCACCCUUACUAUGAUUUGACAAACUUCCACUAUGAUGUAGCAGUGCUUAAACUAGGUGCGGCUGCUCCUAUUACAAGUGCUCCUAAUGUUAAUACGGUGUGUCUACCAUCUGCUGUAGUUGGGGCAGGAAGAAAAUGUUGGGUAACAGGUUGGGGAAAGAACACCUUUAACGGAAACGAACAAUCUACUCUAAAAGAAGUAGACGUGUCUGUGGUGAGUCAUGCGAAUUGUCAAAAUGCCCUUCGACAAACCAGAUUAGGUGCCAACUUUAUCCUGGACGACAGUUUCAUGUGCGCAGGAGGGAUAGGAGGCAAAGACGCGUGCACUGGCGAUGGCGGUUCACCGUUGGUAUGUCAAAGUAGUAACGGUCAGUAUAGCGUUUUUGGGAUAGUGUCGUGGGGAAUAGGCUGCGCAAAUCAAGGAGUUCCUGGUGUGUACGCUGAUGUGAUUUCUUCCCUUGGUUGGAUCCAGCAAAAUUUGACAUAACUCUUGAAAAUAUACAACACAGUAUCUCAAAAAAAUUAAACAAUAAAAUUAUAUGUAUUCGUUACGUCAAAUUAAAUCGUGUAAACAAAUUUGUGUGUAAUAAAUUAUAAAUGAACAUUAA